GCUGUGACGUAGAGCACAUUUGACCGCGCGAAUGGAUGACGUCGCGGGUUUCGGCGUCGCUUGGAGCGCGGGUUGCGGUGACGCGCGCACGGAGCGGUGAGCGGCCGCCGGGAGGAUGGGGAAGGCCGAGUUCCUCACGCCCAAGGCCAUCGCCAACCGCAUCAAGUCCAAGGGGCUGCAGAAGCUGCGCUGGUACUGCCAGAUGUGUCAGAAGCAGUGUCGGGACGAGAACGGUUUCAAAUGUCACUGCAUGUCGGAAUCCCACCAACGACAGCUUCUGCUGGCAUCUGAGAACCCACAGCAAUUUAUGGAUUAUUUUUCAGAGGAGUUUCGCAAUGAAUUUCUCGAGCUGCUUAGAAGACGUUUUGGAACAAAACGAGUUCAUAACAAUGUUAUCUACAACGAAUAUAUCAGCCACCGAGAGCAUGUUCACAUGAAUGCAACGAUGUGGGAAACGUUGACUGACUUCACAAAGUGGCUAGGCAGAGAAGGCUACUGCAAAGUGGAUGAAACGCCAAAGGGCUGGUACAUUCAGUACAUUGAUCGUGAUCCAGAAACCAUCUGCAGACAGCAGGAACUAGAGAAAAAGAAGAAGCAAGAGCUGGACGAUGAGGAAAGAAAUGCAAAGUUUAUUGAAGAGCUAGUUAGAAGAGGAAAGGAAGGAAAAGAGGAGGAUGUUCCAGUUUUUACAGAACUGAAAAGAGAAAACGAGGAAGAGAAAGUUGCCUUUAAUUUAAACAAAGGACAAAGUACUUCAACAACAGCUACUAAAUCAAGUACCCUGGGGCCAAGUCCAUUGCAAACGAUAGCUUCAGUAAAACGAAAAGAAUCGGGGCCCACUUCGGAAACAAAAGACAAGAAGAAAAAAUCUGCAUUGGAUGAAAUAAUGGAGUUUGAAGAGCAGAAAAAGAGAAGUCUGAGAAGAGAUCACUGGCUUCACACUGGAAUUGUUGUUAAAUUAAUCACGAAGAAACUUGGUGAAAAAUAUUACAAGAAGAAAGCAGUGAUAAAGGAAGUUCAAGAAAAGUACACGGCAAUUAUCAAAAUGAUUGAUUCUGGAGAUAAACUAAAAGUUGAUCAGACUCAUUUGGAGACGGUCAUCCCAGCCCCUGGUAAGAAGCUACUAGUUGUGAAUGGUGGUUAUCGAGGAAAUGAAGCCAUUCUGGAUUCAAUACACGAGCAAAGUUUCAGUGCUACAAUAAUCAUAGAUUCUGGACCUCUGCAAGGACGGAAGGUUGAAGGCGUACAGUAUGAAGAUAUUUCAAAAUUGGCUUAAACUUUCCAAAUCUGUGGGCUUGGUAUUUUGGCAGUUCAAAGCAUCAUGUUGGUGUCAAUGAUUUUUUUUCCCAGUGCACACUCUACUGUGUCAGAGUUUUAGAACAUAUUCAUUCAUGUACCUUUUUUGAAUUUUUGCUUUGCUUCAUUCUCCUUCCUGACUCAAAACCUUUAAGAUAAUGCAUUUCAUUUUUUUUUUUCUGAUGUGCUGAAGGAGUUGUGGCAAAUACUAUGUUUAAUUAGCUAUUUAAGUGUUUUUGUUGUUGAGAACAAAUGUCAGUCAAAAGUUUCUUAAUUUAUAUAUUUGAACAGGAAAAAAAUAAAGCUUUUAUUCUUAAAC